CGACAUCAUCGACCAUGGGCAGCAGCAGCAACGAGCAGGUCACCGCCGCCGCCGCGGUGGUGUCGCCUGGUAUCACGGAAAAGAAGAAGGUCGACUGGGAUGCCUCCGAGGUCGAACGUGUUCACAGCCAGGAUGAUAUGCAAAAGGAUCAUCAGGACUACAGUCGGAUGGAUAACGAGGUGGCCAAAUAUGCAUCCGCAACAGCCAUCGCCAUCAGCCCGGCGGAGAAUCGCCGUCUGAAGAUGCUCAUCGAUAAGAGAGUGCUGACGAUUAUGGUGUUGACCUACUUCUUACAAGCAUUGGACAAAGGCACGCUAUCCUUCACUUCCAUCAUGGGCCUGCGCGAGGACCUCCAUCUCCACGGACAACAAUUCUCCUGGCUGACCACGUGUAUCUACAUUGCCAUUUUGAUCGUCGAAUACCCCAUCAACUGGCUCGUCCAGCGCCUUCCCAUUGCCAAGUUCCUCGGAACAUGCAUUAUCCUCUGGGGAUCGAUUCUCGCCUGCCACGCGGCAGCAGUCAAUUUCGCCGGCAUCACGGCGCUGAGAACGUUGUUAGGAAUUUUCGAAGCCGUGUGCCAACCGACAUUCCUCAUCAUGAGUUCCAUGUGGUACAAGCGAGAAGAGCAAGCCUUCAUCGUCAGCUGCUGGUACUGCAUGAAUGGCGCACAACAAAUUGUCGGCGGUCUAUUAGCAUAUUGCUUCUCUCUCAUCGGUAACGAUCGAUCCCUCAAAUCCUGGCAAGCCAUUUUUGUCACCUAUGGCAUUCUCUCUGUCUUCUGGGGUCUUUUCGUGCUGUGGUGGUUACCCGACUCUCCCAUGCGAGCCAAAUGCUUCAGCGAAGAGGAUAAACAGCUGAUGGUCGAGCGCGUGCGAAGUAACCAGACGGGACUUCAGAAUAAAGUUUUUCGCAAAGAGCAUUUGUGGGAAGCUCUUACGGAUGUGCAAUGCUGGUGUUAUUGUCUCAUUCAAGUCUGCACGACAUUACCCACGGGUGGACUGGGAGCUUUUGCCAAUAUCAUCAUCAAGGGUUUGGGUUUCACGACGUUGCAGGUGCAACUCCUGGCCAUGGUUCUCGGAGCCUACAUUAUCAUCGUACUCUUCAGUUCCGCGUGGCUAGUGAAGAGAACGGGCCAGAACAUUUUGGUCAUGGCAUUAUUUUGCAUCCCAUCCUUUGCCGGUACAAUCGUACUCAUGACAGUCGAAAAUACCAACACUGCAACGGAAGCCGGCUUGCUCUUUUCCUACUAUAUCGUUCUAUCCUUCUGGGCAGCCCAAGGUCUCGGCAUGAGUUUACUCUCGCGAAACGUCGCCGGCCAAACCAAGAAGAGUGUCGCAGUAACGAUGAAUUUUGUCGCAUGGGCCGCUGGGAAUGCCAUUGGUCCCCAAGUCUUCCUCUCCUGGGAUUCCCCUCGCUACUUCAUCGCCUUCGCCACUCAUUUAGGCUGCUACACCUUAUUAAUUCUCACCCUCAUCGUCUUACGCAUUACUCUGAUGCGCCGCAAUGCCAAACGCGACCAGAUUGCCAGCGCGGGAGUUUCCGAGGCCAAGGAUGAAAAUACUAUGCAUGCGUUUGAGGAUUUGACGGAUAAGGAGAAUGCUGCUUUUAGGUAUCAGUACUAAUUGUAGUGGGGAGGUUGGUUGGUUAGUGGGAGGUUUAGUGGGCGGGUAGGGUAGUGGUAUACAUGUUGUGAAACGAAUCUUUUUGGAAGGCUUGUUGUAUCGUAAGUCGUAAAAGAUCCUGCUCGUCCUCCUCCUCACAAUAGAGCUGGAUCAUACCUGAUUGGGGUUGUUAUUCUUGGCUUUGUUGAGAAGAAUAUAAAAAGAUGAUAUUGAU